ACGGAGGAAGCGCCGUCACUUCAAGGCGGAGCAGAGGGCGGAAGCUCCAAAGUCAUAUGAUCGAUUCGUGAUAGCUUGUCGUUUUCCACUCGCUCAUCGCUAAGAUGGCUAGCCAGACGCAGGGUAUUCAGCAGCUUCUGACCGCUGAAAAACGAGCUGCGGAGAAGGUUUCGGACGCUAGGAAACGUAAAGCACGUCGUCUGAAACAGGCUAAGGAGGAAGCGCAAGAUGAAAUUGAGAAAUAUCGACAGGAACGAGAAAAGCAGUUCCGUGAAUUUGAAGCCAAACAUAUGGGUUCAAAAGAGGAUGUAGCUGCACGUAUUGAGGCAGACACACGAGUUAAGAUAGAAGAAAUGAAUCAGACCGUUGCCAUACACAAAAACACGGUCAUGCUUAAAGUCUUGGACUUGGUGUACAAUAUCAAGCCGGAAUUGCACAAUAAUUAUCGUGUUGAGGUCUAAGUCACGAAGUUGCAUCUAAUAGCUAUAAAUAUGAUAUAUCUUAUAAUAUAUGCUAUAAAUGUACAUUAAAUAUUACUGUUUACUUAUAACAUAUCGCGAUAUGUAUUUAUCGUUGUUAUAUCGUACGACAUGUUAUACUUUAACGGAAAAAGUGUGUACGAUAGUGUAGCUGUGUAGGCAGUGAUGCUCAAACUACUAGAGUUCUUUUGUUUCUGCAAUUGCUACACGACAAUAAAUAUAUCGUUCAUUAUUAUCCGCUGAGCUUUCACCGACACAGUUUGGAUAGUUUGAGAAUUGCUGUAGUUGUAUCGUAUAUAACGCGACAAAGAAACAAUAUAAUAUGAAUGUACAAAACGCAAAUUACUGUCUGUCUGUUGUGUCAAGGCCUAGGCACAUCAGAACGACAGUGGUGCGCUUGUUAAGAUAACAGUUAAUGCGAAUUAGGGUGGUGGUAACGAAUUGUAUGUAGUUAAAUGUACGUCAUUAGAUGUCAUUCCAUGAUUCUGUCACAUCGAGGAUGCGUAACGUAACAUGAUUGUCUACAACCUUUCGUGGUUCACGGACAAGCUCCCAGUCGACGGUGGACCACGCGACGAUGUAGCAACAUUACAGUUUUCUCUUUAUCGCAGUUGUUUAAAGUCCAUUGGUCAUAUAAAGUCCUAGAAAACCGGUUAAAGAUCCCACGAAAAGCGCUUCGCCUUAUAUGUAUAACCUGUUUCUGUAAGCUGGUUGGUUGUCUGUACAGUAUUAGUGUUCAAAAUACAAAAUACAAAAAGGAAGAAAAA